AGAGCGUCUUACAGCGUCACUUCAGAAACAACAAGAGAGAAAAGACGCACUCGGCCAAACCCAAACUCAACCGCUGGGAAAACAACAACAAAAAUGUCCGAAUCCAAGUACCGGGACUGGAUCCUCGAGACCAUCGACUCUCUACGCUCACGGAAAGCCCGACCGGACCUUGAGAGAAUAUGUCGUAUGGUCCGGAGAAGACACGGCUCGGAUCCAGACAGAACCCGGGAGGAACUGGAGAAACUGAUCCAAGAGCAAACAGUGCUCAAAGUUAGCUACAAGGGCUCCAUAUCCUACAGGAAUGCGGCGAAGGUGCAGAGAAAGAGUCGAAAGAAGAGUGACUUCACGCCGGAUAACGGCGGCGGUAGCGAGGUGGAGGGAGAGAAAGCCAUACACUCCAGUUUGAACAACAACGGGGACAGCGCGCACAGCUUUACCGACCUAGAGGAGGUGGAGAGCCGGGACCGAGAGGAGGAUUCUGUCUCCGAGCCGAGUGAGUACCCAGACCCCCGGCCCGAAACUCCGGGUCUCACCUCCGAGAAAAAACAAAAGCUUUUUCCACUGAAUAGCGGAAACGGCCCUGGCUGUUGCCCGGGUUGUGGCGAAACGGGCUGUGCUGAAACGGGCUGUGCUGCCGGGAGAGGCUGCAGUGGGAAAGCAAGUGCGUCAAAAGACAAGAGAUUAGGAGAAAGAGGAGGAGGAGGAGGGCAGGAGGGGGGUGGCAGCAGCCCUUUGGCCGGCAACCACGAAACAAAACCGGGCCAAGAUGGGAGCGGCGCUCCGAGCAAAGCAAAGGGGGUCUGUGGUGGCGCAGGGGGGGUGGAGACGGCGGGGCAGGAGGGCAGCAGUAGCUGCGUUGGUGUUGCUGCUGAAACGGAACAUAAAAUUUGCCAGGGAAGCGCCAGUUCAUGUUCCAGCAGCAACAGCCACCUCAUGCGGCCGAAACAGCUUCAGCCAGCAUCCCCACUUGUCAAACCCAAACUCCGGGCCGGCCGAUGUGAGGGGAACCCGUGGGUCGGGGGCAGCGGGCAGACCAGCUCGGAUUUGGGCGAAAGACUGAUCGCCUCCGUCCGCAGACUAGCCGAGCAGAACCGAGCCUCCGCGUUAAGAGGGGAGACCCGCGGGGGCCACAAGCCCCUGGGACUGAAGGAGAUCCUGGGCUACCUGACCAGCCAAGACGGCCUCUCAUCUGAGGGUAAGCUGACCCGCAACAGGGUCAAGGUGGUUCUGGAGAGAGAGGUGGCGAGAGGUCGGCUGCGGAGGACCCGGUGUGGGAACAUCACUCUCCCGGUGAGGGGAGUGGAGGCAGCCCCCGCGAAGCCAACCGGCCCCGCUAACAGACUGCUUAAGAGCGCACUGCAGGAUAAGCACAUUGGGAAAAAGAUUCACCGCACACACAGGAGCACGUCGAGAGAGGGCGACCAGAAUAUGCUGUCGUGGUUUCUCUGUGUUUGGCGCGGUUCGGCCUAUAAGACAGAGGUGGGUGUGUCCUCCUGUCUCCUCACCCCCACCGCCUCACCCAGAGACUCUGGUCUGGCAGAGGAGAGAGGGAUGAACGGAGGAGUGUUUGUGAAGUCUGAGCUGGGCAGUCUAAACCCAGUCAACUGGACAGUGUCUGACGUGGUCAGUUAUUUCACGUCAGCAGGGUUUCCAGAACAGGCCUUAGCCUUCAGGACUCAGGAGAUAGAUGGGAAGUCCCUCCUCCUGAUGCAGCGUAACGAUGUCCUGACAGGCCUGUCAAUCAGGCUAGGCCCCGCCCUGAAGAUCUAUGAGCGCCAUGUGAAGGUUCUGCAGAGAACACACUUUGAAGAGGACGACUGAUGACUUUACCUGGAGACACACACACACACACUCCUCCUCUCUCAGCUUUAACUAUGGAACAUUCCAAUCCCCAAACCCUGACACCUGAACUCUAAACUGACCAACCCUCUCCCGGACUCAACUCUCCUCUCCUCCUUCAUCCAGCUCUCC